AUGGUUUCCAAAUUCCCAAGAAACACGACGCUGUUCAAUGAACCGAAUGAAAAUAGCCGCAAUCUUGUCAUCGUCCUUUCCGCCGUCUUCGGCUCACUCGCGCUUUUUAUGGUAGUGUCGGCCACAGUUUUCAUUAUUAAGUGGAAACGUAAUCCGAAAUAUCACAGGCAAAGGAGGGGAAUCUCGCCGGUUGACGACGAAGAGAUCGAGAGGUGGCGUGGACGGAAAGAAACCUACACCGAGGCCCCAGGCCGGAGCCCUAUAAAAUCUCACAAACGCCAAUCCUCUUCUGUUGUGAUCGUAUCACAUCCCCCAGGAUGGACAUGGAGCGCUGAACCAAGUCCGUUUGGCACGAGGAACAGUGGCGAGACGGCCUUGUCGCCGCCGCCAAUGGUUGCUCGAGCACCGAAUUCGAGAAGCGGGCUUACAGACGGCGCAAUACUAGGCGCGGAUCCAUUCGUCCCGCCUGUACGACGACAAAGCACGAGACUGGCAAAGCACGUGCGGAACCAGAGCAGGAAGAGCAGUUUUACCGCAUCAAUUCCAGAAAGACAGUCCACAGAUUUCCCACGGCAUUACCGAGACGACUCCAAGAAGUCGUUCCAAGCUGACCGCGUCAGCCCGCCGAGUUCGAUAUUCAACGGGUCUCCUGGCAGCAAUGAACCGCUCCCUACUUUGGCCAGGCCAGCAUAUGGAAGGGCCGCAAGCAGACAAAUGGAAAACCCGAUCUGA